AUGAUUAAACUAAAUGGUUACAAAUUCGAAACACACGAAAUAGUUACUGAGGAUGGUUAUAAAUCGCUGGCUUUUCGUAUACCGCCAAAAAUUCACGACAACAGAAAGGAGAAACAACCCAUCGUCUUAGACCAUGGUAUUCAGUAUAACAUUCACACCACUGCAGCUUUUGUUUUGGUAAAUGCUGGUUAUGACGUAUGGUUGGUGAAUCAAAGAGAUAGCGGUUACACCACCCAUGUUAAGUACAAAAUGUCAGAUUUCAAAUUUUGGGCCAACAGCCUUGAUACAGUUGCAACUAAAGGAAUUUCAGCAAUUUUAAAUACAGUUGCUACAGCAACUAAUAAAUCAGGAUCUAUUAUUUAUAUUGGUCACUCUAGAGGAGCUACUCUGGCUUUUAUGUACGCCUCUGAGUAUCCCGAGGAAGCCCAAAAAAUUCUGACAGGUGUGGUCGCCCUGGCUCUCAUUAUAUAUUUCGAACCCGUUUUCUAUGUGAAACUACUUUUCCAAUUAUCACCUGUGCUUAGUCUUAACGUUCCACUGUCACUCAUGCAAGUUCAACAAUAUGCCCGAAUGUUUCACUCAGGAAAAUUCCAAAAGUAUGACUAUGUAAAAAAAGGCAGUAUUCUAAAAUAUUAUCAAGAGCAGCUUCCUUUGUAUAAUCUGACUAACUGUAAGCUUCCUGUGUAUAUGUUUUAUGGUACAUGUGACAUCUUCAUCAAGGAAAAAGCUGUGAAAAAAGUUUUUAAAGAACUUGGGUGCAGCGAAAAAGAAUAUUUUCGGAUACCAAGUGGAACUAACACCAAGAAGUUGAAGUUUGGUCACAAUGAUUAUCUUUUUGCUAAAGAUAUUGAGGAGUUGUUCUACAGGAAUCUCUUACGAGUACUGGAUAAAUUGCAGCCCAAGAAAUAA